CAGCUGCCUUGUACAGCCAGUACUAACGUUGGCAGUAGUUGUGUUUUCCCAUUGUAAUGCUCCAAUUUCAGUGUGAAAAGCGGCACAUUUCAUGGUACCAUAGCUGUAGCAGCAACGACAGCAGCGAUGUGAUCGUGGGUGGAGGAUCACCGAAAUGCAUAGAAUUUGUAUAAUUGUACAGGUGGAACAACUUCGAAAAGUGAAGAAUACAUAGUUGGACUGUGAGAAAAUCGACUACCUCUAUCGUUAUAUGUGUGCAUGCACCCCGGCUGGGUGGGUACUGGCUGCUGUUGUCGGGCUUGAUGGGAUUGGGAGUUCGAAAAGCGCCAAAUCGAUGUGCUGCUACUGGCUGUCUGUGACGCCGAGUUGGGGAGCACGAAAACAUCGCUAGUUAGUGGGUGGCAUCCAGAUGGUGAAAACGAUUUCCAGCAUUCUGAGUGCUGUUGAGAAAGGUUCAGUGCCAAUGUGGCAUUUAAAUUGAAUGAAAGUGAAUUGUGACUUGUGCUGCUCGUGAAAAAGGAUUGGGAAAUAAGUAAUCGAACGAAGUUUCAACAAAUUGCAACAUGAUCUUAUUAAGAAUAGUGGAAAUUUGAGUUACUGCGUGUAGACAAAUUUAAACAUUGCAGAAAAUGAGAUUGGACCUUCUACUUUUUUAACGAGCGACGAAAUCAAAACAUUCGUUCGUAACAAUGAGUAAGCAGCUGAUAAAGGACCAAAAGCGGCCCAUAUACGAGGACAUAAAAAUCGACACCGCAUUCAGAAAAAUCAGUCCCAAAGCGAUAGGAUUCUACGUCUGGCGAAUACAGAAUGAUCACGUCGAGGCCCUGCCCAAAGAACAAUUCGGAACGUUCUACGACGAGAACACCUAUGUGAUCUAUUCCGCCUCGCUGGCUGGUACAAUUUCGGACAAAAACACUAUUUGCCGCGAAAUCAAAACCCCCGGAGCGGUCGUUGAACGCUAUAUCCACUUUUGGUUGGGAGCAAAUAUCACAUCUGAUCGAUCAAAAUCAGCGGCUUACAAAAUCAUUGAACUGGAUCUACACCUAGACCACAAAACCACACAGUACAGAGAAAGCCAAGGCCACGAAGGAAUUCGGUUCUUGUCCUACUUCAAAGAUGAUGGCAUUCUCAUCCAAUCGGGAACCGAUCCUUCAUCGUACCCACAGUUUCCACGGCUAUACCAAAUUAAGGGCCGAACAACACCCCAAUGCAUUCAACAGAAAGCAAUCACCUGGCAACAUUUCAACUGCGGCCACGUGAUGAUCCUGCAGACGCCGAAAAUUCUGUUUGUUUGGGUCGGUCGAACAACUGGUUCCUGCGAGAGGAUAUUCGGGUUGAAGAUUGGAACCAAACUGAAAGACUCCUUCAAAAUACCCGAAAUCGCCAUUGUUGACGACGGCUACGAGCAGUCGAUGAGUGUUCCGAGGAAAGAAGUUUGGAACAGUUUUCUGAGUUUAUCGCAAAGAUUUGUUCAACCGAUGGCUUUGAGUCCUUCAAAUGCAGAUAUCACAUUGAAACUAUAUCAGUGCGAUACGGUGAAUGGAGUUUUCCGCGUAGAACUAGUUAAAACGGGUGCUUUAGAGCAGUCAGAUCUGUACGGAAGGGAUAGCAUCUACAUCAUUGACUACUUCUGUAAUGGGGUGUGGAUUUGGAUUGGGCGAAGUUCACACAAGCAGAACAGAGCCGAAGCUAUGCGCCAUGUUAGAGGAUAUGUGAUCAAGAAAGGUUAUCCUGCCUCCACCCCGGUUGCUCGAGUAAUCGAUGGUCUCGAACCGGCUGAGUUCACAAGCCUGUUUCCUAGUUGGAUUAGCUCGGACGUGAAUGGAAACUCGAUUAAGGGUAUGUCGGAGAAGUUCGAUGCACUCACGCUGAUUCAGCGACCCAAGUUGGCAGCCCAGAUACAGUUGAUGGAUGAUGGAUCGGGCGAUGCAACCGUUUACCAAAUCGGAGCCGAAGAUGUUAAAGAGAUUCCUAAAAAGUUCUCAAAAACCUUCUACUCGGGCAGUUGCUACAUAGUCCAUUACCAACUGUCCUGUGUCUCGGAGAACACCACCAGCACGUUGGGUAAUUCUAUUAAAAACGUCGUAUAUCUGUGGAUCGGUUCUAAUGCUUCGAUGGAGUACCGUCAAACAGGGGAAGCGUUUCUUGCGGAAAUGUGCAAUCAUUUGAAAAAGAACGUGGUUCAGGUCAGAAUCAGUGACGGUAUGGAACCUCCCCAUUUUCUGCAAAUCUUUAAAGGGGGUCUGAUAGUUUUCAACGCGAAGAGUCCCAGCGGAGAGGGAGUUAUGAACCUGCGGAAGUAUCCCAGUAGCUUUGUACUGAAAGUAGUUGGAAACUCUACCUUCACCUGCAAGGCGGUUCAAGUGUCCAGUAAGACAUUGUACUAUCCGGAAGAUUGCUACAUCCUGAAAGCUCCAGACAAUGAGAUAUGGAUUUGGUGUGGACAAUACUCGACUGGAGAUUCGCGGGAAAUGGCCAAAUCUAUAGCCUCCAUUCUGGGGGAGUACAAUCUUGUUAUGGAAUCGAACGAAACAGACGAGUUCUUUAAUUCUGUUGGAGAGAAAUUUUUGAAGCAGCUGAAAAAAACUCACGGAAAUAUCAUAACGCCGAUGAUGAACGUGGCACUUACUUGGGAGCGGCAACGUAUUGGACUGUACAUGUGUUCUUUGGAGCAGGAAAAGUAUGUUUUGAGCAAAAUUUUUGGCUUCUCGCAAAAAGAUUUAAGGCCUGAAAACAUCGUGCUAUUGGACGCUGGAAAUAUAGUGUAUGUUUGGAUAGGUGAAUAUGUAGCACCGGACGAUCGAUUGCAAUGUUGGGAUUUGGCCAAAUAUUUAAUAACUACACAUCCUGUUCAGAGAGAUGCGAGUAUGCCAAUAGCUGUAGUGCGGCAAGGAGAAGAGCCUAUAACGUUCGUCGGAUUUUUCGAGAAAUGGGAUAAAAAAUACUACGAGAACUACGUCCCAUUUGAGAAAAUCCGUGCUGAGUUGGAAACUCCAGGAGCACCGACACCCAUCCCUCGUGGUUCCGUCAACAGCGACAAUGGCACUGCCGAUGAUUUUGACAGAUACCAGAAAUACCCACUCGAUAUGUUGAGAGGUGAUCCAACUGAUUUACCGGCUAGUAUCAACCCUACCCGGAAGGAGGUGCAUCUAACGCAUGACGAUUUUGUGACCGUGUUCAAAAUGCCCUACCAUGACUUUGAAGAAUUGCCAAAAUGGAAACAAGUCGAGCUAAAGAAGCAGAAAAAACUAUUUUAAUAUGUUGCACCUUAUUGAUUUAUCGCUCUGCGAAUGCCGAUAUUGAACGUGUUGAAAAUUUUAAUGUGAAAUAAAUAAUCCACAGCUGUUUUAAUUUUUACUCGUCUGACGAAA